AUGAAGGCCAAGAAAGUCCUCGCGAAACCCAGAAAGCGACAAAAGGGCGGAUUUCCAGUAGACAAAGUUCUUCAAAAAGCAGGAAGAGAUCUUGAAAAUUAUCCCAAUCGCUUAGAUGUCAAUCAGCCGUGGGGUUGGGAGAAACAUUUGGAUCUGUUCCCUCAAUGGCUCUGGCUAUCAGACCAGUGGAUAGAAGCCGAUGAACAAGCAACAUCAGAUCUUUGGGUACAGUACGUUGAAGCAGUUCAGAGCCAAGAGGAGGUGCCAUCACUAAAAUUGGCUCCGUUGGGCGGAAUUCCAGAUUUCCUGAAUCAACAUGAGCUGGAAGGGACAAUGAAGUACCAAAAUGGCCCAUUCGUCGUUGACUAUCUGGAUGGAAAUCAGCAGCAAGUUGCUCCCGAUGCCUUGCUAAAAUAUAUUCCUCCAGGAAGAUUCUGGAUCGGUCUGAACGUACCCGACAAACGCUGUGUUCCACUCGGCGCCGGUGUCUUCAUCGGGUUUCGCCGGCUCGGCCGUCCAGAAAAGAAUCCCUGGUGGUGGGAGUGCGUUUAUGCUAGAUUGGACAAGAGAGGCCAUCUUUACCUUCAUGCCUAUAAUUACAAUUAUUCGGGCAUGCCGCUUACAUCUCGAAAAAACUACAGAAGUCGAGCAAGAACGCAGAAUGUCAUUUAGAUUGCUAGCUUGAGAGAUGCUACCAGAGAGCAGAGAGAGAAUUAUGUUGCUUAUACCAAAUCGAAGUGGGAUGGUAAUGGAGGGUGGGACUACCACCUUCAUGGAUUUGAACGGAACUAUCUGAGGUGGUCGUUCUUCAUCCCUCCGUAUCGGUUUUGACACUGUUCUCGAGUUGUCGUUCUAUUAUUAUAUUUUAUCGAUCUUACAAUGACUGCUCUGAAGCUUGACUCUGAUUUCUUUUGUGUAAAUCUGCGUACUCAAUCAAUGUUACCACACAAAUAACUUUAGAUUGCAUAGAAGCACAUCAUAAUGGCUUUUCGUGUCAGCGAAUCAAUAUAAUAUUUUGAU